AAAAUGCUAAGAAGGACGGUUUGUUCUGAGAUUUCAAAUUUUUUCGUUGUUGUGAGCGGACGUUAAAUCUUUAAACUAUUUCAAAAUGUGUGACGACGAAGUUGCUGCUUUGGUUGUAGACAAUGGAUCCGGUAUGUGCAAAGCCGGUUUUGCCGGAGACGAUGCUCCACGUGCCGUCUUCCCAUCAAUUGUCGGUCGCCCAAGACAUCAAGGUGUCAUGGUCGGUAUGGGACAAAAAGACUCAUAUGUCGGUGAUGAAGCUCAAAGCAAGAGAGGUAUCUUGACUUUGAAAUACCCAAUUGAGCACGGUAUCAUCACCAACUGGGAUGAUAUGGAAAAGAUCUGGCAUCACACCUUCUACAAUGAAUUGCGUGUCGCCCCAGAAGAACAUCCAGUUCUCUUGACCGAAGCUCCAUUGAAUCCAAAAGCCAAUCGUGAAAAGAUGACCCAAAUCAUGUUUGAAACCUUCAACGCUCCAGCCAUGUACGUUGCCAUCCAAGCUGUCCUCUCAUUGUACGCUUCGGGUCGUACCACCGGUAUCGUUUUGGACUCUGGUGAUGGUGUCUCACACACCGUCCCAAUCUACGAAGGUUAUGCCUUGCCACAUGCCAUCCUCCGUUUGGAUUUGGCCGGUCGUGACUUGACUGAUUACCUCAUGAAAAUCCUCACCGAACGUGGUUACUCAUUCACAACCACCGCCGAACGUGAAAUUGUUCGUGACAUCAAGGAAAAAUUAUCAUAUGUUGCACUUGACUUCGAACAAGAAAUGGCCACCGCUGCCGCUUCAACCUCACUCGAAAAAUCAUACGAAUUGCCUGAUGGACAAGUCAUCACCAUCGGUAAUGAACGUUUCCGUUGCCCAGAAUCAUUGUUCCAACCAUCAUUCUUGGGUAUGGAAUCAUGCGGUAUUCACGAAACUGUCUACAACUCAAUCAUGAAGUGCGAUGUUGAUAUCCGUAAGGACUUGUACGCUAACAUCGUCAUGUCAGGUGGUACCACCAUGUACCCAGGUAUUGCCGAUCGUAUGCAAAAGGAAAUCACCUCAUUGGCACCAUCAACCAUCAAAAUCAAGAUCAUCGCUCCACCAGAACGUAAAUACUCCGUAUGGAUCGGUGGUUCAAUCUUGGCUUCAUUGUCCACUUUCCAACAAAUGUGGAUCUCAAAGGAAGAAUACGACGAAAGCGGUCCAGGAAUCGUUCACCGCAAAUGUUUCUAAGUGUGUUAAUUCUUUUAUUGUGUGCAUCAAUCCCAAUUGCAUCAAAAUCAUCUGGCAUCAUAUCAAUUACAAUGACCAGACAGAUAUUUAUUUCAUCGUAAAUACUGCAUC